AUUCCUAUGGAUUCUCAUGUAACUGGCAUUUAUUUGGAAAUUACAGGCCCUAAAACCUACAGUUUUGGUUCCUCAACUGAUUCCAGUGGUGCUGUUUCAAAUCAGGACAAAUCUGUUCUUAAAGUAGUGAUUAACAGUAAUUUGGAAAAAAGGAUUAUUGGAGUAAUCAAUGAGCAUAAAAAGCAAUAUGAUGACAAAGGAAUGAUUUCUAGAAGACUUACUGCCAAAAAACUACAGGAUGUAUACAUGGCUUUGCAGGGAUUUUCUUUUAAGACUGAGCACAUUGAGGAAGCAAUGAAAAAUACAAUUUUGUAUGGUGGUGAUCUUCAUUCUGCGCUUGAUUGGCUCUGUUUAAACCUCUCUGAUGAUGCUUUACCUGAAGGGUUCAGUCAGCAGUUUGAAGAAGAGCAGCAUAAACCUAGAGCAAAAUUCUAUUCUCCCGUGCCACAGUGUGGAACUCAUCAGAUGCCAAACAACAAAAUGAAAGAAGGUGGUCCCGAAAUCAAGCAGAAGAACACAGGGAAAGAUAAGGAGCUCAGUAUGAAAGAAUGGAUUUUGCAAUAUGCUGAGCAGCAGAGCGAUGAUGAGAAAAACGAAUCAGUGAAUGACUUAGAAGAUGAGGAAAAGUUUGACCCUAAUGAAAGGUAUUUACACUUGGCUGCAAAGCUUUCAGAGGCAAAGGAACAGGCAAGUUCUUCCAAACAAGACAAAGACAAGCAAGGUCAGAAGGCAGCACAAGAAAAAAUAAGGAGAAUUCAGCAAGAAAUGUCAACACUUGAAGAACAUCCUGUGUUUAAUCCAGAUAUAAAAAUUACAAACCAGCAACAAAAUGAAAAGAAAAAACCUCCUUUGUCAUCUGAAGCCCCAUUAAAUUUGAGCUUGCUUGAAAAAUCUGGAGCAGCUCCUCAGGAACAGAAAGUGAAAAAGAAAGAACCUCUAGAUGUAAGGAAUUUUGACUACAGUGCUCGAAGCUGGACUGGUAAAUCCCCCAAACAGUUUUUGAUUGACUGGUGCAGGAAAUAUUUUUCCAAGAGUCCAAACCCUUCUUUUGAAAAAGUUCCGGUGGGUAGAUAUUGGAAAUGUAGGGUCAGGAUUACCAAGUCAGCUGAUGAUAUCAUGACAGCGUGUCCUACAAUUGUGACAGAGGAUAGCAUGCAAGCUCAGCAUUUGGCUGCUACACUGGCUCUCUACCAUUUGGUCAAAGGACAGUCAGUCCAUCAGUUGCUGCCUCCUACAUACCGAGAUGUCUGGUUAGAAUGGAGUGAUCUUGAAAAGAAAAAGGAAGAAGAAAAUAAGAUAGAAAGUAACAAACCUCGUGAUAACUUUAUUGCCAAAUUGUUAAACAAACUCAAGCAGCAGCAGCAGCUGCAAGCUGAAAACAAACCCGAAGUAACAGAAGAUCCUGAAGAUUCUUGGGAAAAUUUAGUUUCGGAAGAGGACUUCAGCAGGCUCUCCCUUGAGACCUCAAGUACAGAUAGUCUGGAACCUGUGAGAAUUCUAUUUAGAAAACAGCAGAGUUCUUCCAGAUAUGAGAGACUUCUACAAGAAAGACAGCAGUUACCAGUGUUUAAACAUAGGCAUUCAAUUGUAGAAACUCUAAAAAAACACCGAGUACUUGUUGUGGCUGGUGAAACAGGCAGUGGAAAAAGUACACAAGUGCCACAUUUUUUGUUGGAGGACUUGCUGCUAAAUGAGGGAGGAUCAAGUAAAUGUAACAUUGUGUGUACGCAACCCCGGAGGAUCUCAGCAGUGAGUCUGGCAACCAGAGUUUGUGAAGAACUUGGCUGUGAAGCUGGACCUGGAGGAAAAAAUUCCUUGUGUGGGUACCAAAUCCGGAUGGAAUCCCGAACAGGAGAAGCUACAAGAUUAUUGUAUUGCACCACAGGAGUUUUGCUGAGGAAACUGCAGGAAGAUGGUCUUCUUUCAAAUGUAUCUCAUGUCAUUGUAGAUGAGGUGCAUGAAAGAAGUGUCCAGUCUGAUUUCUUGCUGAUUAUUCUGAAGGAGAUCUUGCAUAAACGUUCAGAUCUUCAUCUAAUUUUAAUGAGUGCUACUGUUGACAGCGAAAAGUUUUCCAGCUAUUUCUCACACUGCCCCAUUCUUAGAAUUUCAGGAAGGAGUUACCCUGUUGAGGUUUUCCAUGUUGAAGAUGUGAUUGAGGAAAUUGGCUAUGUUCUGGAGAAGGACUCAGAAUAUUGUCAAAAGUUCUUGGAGGAGGAGGAAGAAAUAACAAUAAAUGUUACUAAAAAAGGAGGAGAAAUUACAAAGUAUCAAGAGUACAUCCCACUCCAGUCUGGAUCUGGUGUAGAUGUGAAUUCUUACUAUCAGAAGUAUAGCAGUCGUACACAGCAAGCAAUUUUCUAUAUGAAUCCCUACAAGAUCAAUCUUGACCUUAUCCUGGAGUUACUUGCAUUCUUAGAUAGAACUCCCCAGUUUAAAAAUGUAGAAGGGGCUGUGUUGAUCUUUUUACCUGGUCUUGCGCACAUCCAGCAGUUAUAUGAUCUCAUUUCAACUGACAGAAGAUUUAACUUAAGGGACAGGCAUAGAUUAAUAGCUCUUCAUUCUAUACUUUCAACUCAAGAUCAAGCAGCUGCAUUUACAAUACCCCCUCCUGGUAUUAGAAAGAUUGUUUUGGCAACCAAUAUUGCUGAGACAGGUAUUACCAUACCAGAUGUUGUCUUUGUAAUUGAUACUGGGAGAACAAAAGAAAACAGGUAUCAUGAAAGUAGUCAGAUGAGUUCUUUGGAAGAGACCUUUGUCAGUAAAGCUAGUGCUCUGCAACGUCAAGGGAGAGCUGGACGUGUCAGGGAUGGAUUCUGUUUCCGAAUGUACACAAAAGACAGGUUUGAAAGUUUCAUGGAAUACUCUGUUCCAGAAAUACUACGUGUACCACUGGAAGAGUUAUGCCUUCAUAUUAUGAAAUGCAAUCUUGGUGCUCCUGAGGAUUUCCUGUCCAGAGCAUUAGAUCCCCCACAGCCUCAAGUAAUCAGCAAUGCAAUGAACCUGCUACGGAAGAUUGGGGCUUGUGAAUUAAUUGAGCCCAGACUGACUCCACUGGGUCAGCACCUUGCAGCAUUGCCUGUCAAUGUUAAAAUUGGCAAAAUGCUUAUAUUUGGUGCUAUAUUUGGUUGCUUGGACCCUGUGGCAACUUUAGCUGCCGUAAUGACAGAAAAAUCCCCAUUUACCACACCAAUUGGUAGAAAAGACGAAGCAGAUCUUGCAAAGUCUUCUCUGGCAUUGGCAAACUCAGACCAUCUUACAAUCUACAAUGCAUAUCUCGGGUGGAAAAAAGCACGUCAAGAAGGAGGUUAUCGUACUGAAAUGACUUACUGCAGAAGAAAUUUCCUUAACCGGACCUCACUGUUAACUCUGGAGGAUGUGAAACAAGAGCUAAUAAAAGUAGUCAGGACUGCUGGUUUUGCAACACCUGCACCUAAGCAUGGAUGGGAUGGAAAUGGAUCCACACAAACCCUUUCUCUUCAAGAAAUUGCCCUUCUUAAAUCUGUGCUGACUGCAGGGUUAUACGACAACGUGGGGAAGAUAAUGUAUACAAAGUCUGUAGAUGUCACCGAAAAAUUGUCAUGUAUGGUAGAAACUGCGCAAGGAAAAGCGCAAGUGCAUCCCUCCUCAGUAAACAGAGAUUUGCAGACAUAUGGAUGGCUUCUGUAUCAGGAAAAGAUAAGAUAUGCCAGGAUAUACUUGCGAGAGACGACUUUAAUUUCCCCCUUUCCAGUUUUGCUUUUUGGUGGGGACAUAGAAGUUCAGCACCGUGAAUGCCUCCUGUCUGUUGAUGGCUGGAUCCAUUUUCAGGCCCCUGUAAAGAUUGCAGUAAUUUUCAAACAACUGAGAGUUCUGAUUGAGUCUGUUUUAAAGAAAAAGCUUGAAAAUCCUAAAAUGUCGCUUGAAGAUGACAAGAUUUUACACAUCAUCAAAGAACUCAUAAAAACAGAAAGUUAAUGGAAACUGGAGUUCAGUGAUGGGCUACAGAGCUUCAGUAAUAGGCAGAAUAAAAUAUACUCAAAGAUAUCAGCUGAAAGUAUUUAAAUACUUAAAAUACGGUUGAUACCAGCCAUCAUGUGGACAAGACUGCAUGAAUUUUGUACAGAAGUAAUCUUUCUAGAUCAUUUUUAAUGAUGCACAUUAAAUGUAUUACUCUUACAAUAAAUUUUCCGUUUGUUUGAAUGUAUAAAUGACGGAAGUGAUUCACAUCUUUUCCACAUAAAAUGAACUUGACCAGUUCGUGUUUGUUUUGCUUCUGUUAAGUCGUGUAUUGGGAAUGGUCUAGUACAUUAAUAAUGUACUAGUCAUUCAAGAUCAAGUUCUAACUCUACUUGGAAUAGCUUUUAUCUUCCCAUUUAGAUAUGUACAGACUGAAAACAAAACACAUUUCUUUAUGCAUUUGCCAAAACAAUACUUAACUACUUUGCGAAGCUUAAGUACCUUAAGCUGUAGGCUUAGAUUUUAAGUACAGAUUUUAAGAAUAUUUUCAUUUUCAUUUUCUUUGUGGGUCACAACUAUAGAUCGUGAGAUCACAAACUUCAGGUCUGUAGUCCUGAGUUGGGAAAUUUAUUGGGAUUCUGAUGCCCUGGGAUUCUCCCAGAAACUAUUACUAUGAACUCUGAACUCAGUAUAUAUAGAUAAAGGAGUCAAUGCUAAAGGUUUGUUCAUUUAAUAAAUACUUGA